GGGGACAGUCGUGUUUUAAGCGUGCAAAAAAUAAUUUUUAUUUUGAUUGAUUUAACGGUUGAUUGCAAUUUGAAUUUUCUAAGAAUUUAGUGACUCAGAAACAGAAAUUCUCAAAAAAAAAAAAUAAUUCUCUUGUUAAUUUAAUUAAUUCUCGUGUUUAAAAAACGAAUUCAGAGAAAUAUAAACAUUAAUAAUUGAGAUAAAGGAACAACGAUCAUAAUGAAUCACAGUUUAAGAGGUGAAUCAUCCCAAAGUCAAGUAUCUGACAACGAGAGCUCAUUUCUGAUAAAUGAUCUAUGUAAUGUGAUAGCAAAUCAAGUGAAAAACAGUUCGGACAUAGAAAUCUUAUCAAUAAACAAUGAGGAAUUGAUGUUUUCACUACAAGAUUUAGACGAUGAAACGCAGUUGUAUUAUGACAUGGAGAAAGAACAGAAUGUUACAAUCGACGACUACGUAAAAAUGAAAUUUUUGGAACAUCCAUGUCUUAACGGUUCUUUCGUACAGUAUAAAAACGAAAAGAUGAAGAAAGUGAAUGCACAGAUUUACAAGAAGGUAGAAAAUCCGGGCUAUGGCCCAAUCGUUGAUACAGCAAUGUUUAGAGUUGUCUAUGAAUAUGCAUUUUAUCUGCAAAAUUUGGAAGAUCCACUUGACUCGAGCCGUUAUAAGAACAAUCUUGGUGUGAUUGACAUAAAGAAGGAUAUGUUCACGCUAGCCGGUAUUCAAGAUUGUAUUACAACUAUGAAAUAUAAGGAACAAUCGCUAUUUUGGAUAUCACAUGAAUUAAUGUACGGAGCUUUGGGUGUCAAACCUCGUAUUCCUGAAAAAGCUGACUUCAUAGCUCGUAUUAAAAUAUCAAAACUUUAUGACAGCGAAGGCAAUGAAGUAAAAAUGAAAAUAACAAAAUUCGAAGAGACAAUGCAACAAGCUGCAAAAGCAUAUUCAUUGGCUAAAACUCAUUUUAACAAAAGUGACUAUACUGCUGCUAUUUCUUUCUACCGUAAAUGGAUAAAUAUUCUAGAGAAUACUCAUUUGGCAAAUGAGGAGCAAGAAAACGAAGCUAAAGAAUGUUUGAUUAAAAUGUAUAUGAACAUUUGCGUCUGUUACAAUAAAAUUGAGAACCCUCAAAGGACAUGCUUGGCAAUGCGUGAAUUGGAAAAAUUGACAUCUAUUGCAGGCAAUGUUAAAGCAUUGUACGCUAAAGGACGAGCAUUGAUGAUGCUUCAUCACGAGCCCGAAGCCCAAAAGUUCUUUGAAGCGGCAUUAAAAAUUGAGCCAAAGAACGAAAGACUUUUGAAUAAGUUGGAGGAAUUGAAGGCAAUUAUAGCAUCAAAGAAGAGACACGCGACACAGAUGCAAUAUUUAAAGGUCAACAAUGAACGACAAACAGCUGAAUCUCGCGAAAAACAGACACUUAUUGACAAGUUUUUGAAUAGUUUACCGGAUUAAGUCACUGAAACUAUUGCCAUUUACUGCACUCAACUCGAUAAUUUUACUUUAAGAUUAUUUUUAAGUUUUUAAACCCCAUGAGAUAUUUUUUGUAUGAUUAGAAUUAGUAAAUUGUAAAAUGUCAAGAUAUGUGGAUGUGGACGAUUUAAAAUCUUAUCUUUUUUUGCAAAAAGCUACGGUCUGUGUCAUAGACAGAAAAAUCACAUAACACCGGUUUUCUGCUGUGACGUUGUUUCAAAGAAAUAAAUAGAAUCAUUCAAUUGUUUAUUAUCAAGUCAGGAAAGGAGCUAGGGACGGAAGGAGAGGGUAGACACUAUCAAAAUUUUAAAAAAAUCAUUAAUUACAGUAUAAAUAUAUUGUUCAGAAUUUUAACCAUUUGAUGGACCGCUAAAUCGAUAGCAACGAAGCUAAUAAAAAAACCCAAGCUCUCUACAAUGUCAGGCUCAAAAUUUUUUGAUGCGCCCCGACCGAACGAACAAAGUGCAUUAUUAAGCUACCUUUUCGAAACAAGUUUCAAGAUGUGCCAAAAAAUGAUUUAAAAAUUAUAUUAUCAAACAACUUUUAUGUAUAAUUUAAGAUUCGAACCUUCGAUUUGCUUAUAAACGCUUACUUUGCAAAUAAUUAAGUACAACCAUAGAUUGGCAGAAUUGAAAGUUAAAAAAGAUUUAGCACAUUGUGAGUUUUUGCGUUCUUACUAAUUUACUCGGUUUGAAAAUUCUCAGAACUUGACCAACAUACAUAAUUGUUCAAUUAUCCAAUUUUAAAACUUCAUUCUUACGGGAUACAUUAAGAACACAUUCACAUAUCUUAACAUCGCUUAAAAGAUAAACAAGCAUUUUGAAUGACC